CAGGGGGCGGGGCAGUGGUGGUAGGACGUCACUGCGGGCACCGGUGGACAGCAGGAGGCCCGUUCGGGUGCAGCCGGUGUGCUUGGAGUUCCGAGGGAGUCCCGCUGGGUCCGCAGAGACGCCCGGCUAUAGCUGCGGGGUGGCGUCGACUGGCUCCCGCACAGCCUGGCUCCCUGGCGGCCGACGAUGAGUUUGACCCCUUCGAGGGGAUGCCUCCUGGACCUGCCCUGGGAGGACAUCUUGGUCCCACAUAUUCUCUGUCAUCUGCCGCUGCAGCAGCUCCUGGGCCUGCAGAGGGUCAGCAAGGCGUUCCAGGCUCUUGUCCAGCUGUACCUGGCCAACAUGCGAUGCUUUGACUCCAGCCAGAUUGGCUCGGCCGUCCCUAGAGAUGCUUUCCUCAACCUGCUGAAGGACAACAAAGUGCUGCAGCAGCUGGCACUCCAGAACUGCUCUGACUGGCUGACGGAUGGGGAGCUGCUCCCAGUCAUCAUGCAGAACCACCACCUGCACCACAUUCAGCUGAAGGGCUGUGCCCAGCUCAGCUGCCACGCACUGAUGGUCAUCUCGCUGAACUGCCCCAACCUGCGGCGGCUCUCCCUGGCUCACUGUGAGUGGGUGGACAGCCUGUCCUUGCGCAGCCUGGCCGACCACUGCAAGGCGCUGGAAGCUGUGGAUCUGACGGCCUGCCGGCAGCUGAAGGAUGAGGCCAUCUGCUACCUGGUGCAGAAGUGCAGCAGGCUCAAGUCUCUCUCUCUAGCUGUCAAUGCCAACGUAGGCGAUGUGGCAGUAGAGGAGACUGCCAAGUGCUGUCCUGAGCUGGAACACCUGGACCUCACGGGGUGUCUGCGAGUCAAGAAUGACUCUAUAAGGGUUCUGGCUGAGUACUGUCCCAAGCUGCGCUCGCUGAAGGUGAAGCAUUGCCACAAUGUGGCUGAGUCCAGCCUGAGCGUUCUCCGAAACCGUGGAGUGGAGCUGGAUGUGGAGCCUCUGCCGCAGACGGCUCUUGUUCUCCUGCAGGACAUGGCUGGCUUUGCCCCUUUCAUUAACCUCCAGAUCUAGA